UGACGGUUUCCGGGAGUUUUGAGACCGACUGACAAAACAGUAUCAUACUUGAACCGCUAAAAUUAGUGUUUGUGUUAUCUGCAUUAACAGUUAAUAUGUAUAAAUUGUGCAAUUUACUAAUAGAAUUACAGAUCAUUAUCAAACACGGACUUAGCGUGGUUUGCUUCCUUUUGCAUACGGUACAGUUUUUACAAAGCUACUGCAUUGCCAUGGGCGAAGGUCAGAGCAUGUACACAAAGCAUUCUCUGCCAGGUGCUGUAGUUCCUCAUUGAACUACAUUACCCAGACGAGACAGCGGCGCCAUUGAGAAAGCUGGCGCGUUGCGGUAGACCCGGCAGUACGGAGCGGGAGACACCAGAGUUAGAGGGAAGUAGCUGUCAGUGACUAUUAUAGUGUCAUCAUGUCUUACAGUUGCAAAAUCGGACCGUCUAUCCUAAAUAGUGAUCUUUCUUGCCUGGCGUCUGAAUGUCAGCGGAUGAUGCAGUCGGGGGCAGAUUACCUUCACCUUGAUGUUAUGGACGGGCAUUUUGUACCCAAUAUCACCUUUGGCCAUCCUGUUGUAGAGGCUCUUCGGAAGCAAAUUGGGCAGGAUCCAUUUUUUGACAUGCAUAUGAUGGUUGCAAAACCAGAACAGUGGGUGAAGCCGAUGUCUAUUGCUGGAGCUAAUCAGUACACUUUCCACGUAGAAGCAACCAAUAAUCCCGGAGCAUUAAUCAAAGAUAUUCGAGAGAAUGGCAUGAAGAAAUGUUCGGUCUUGAAAGCAGAGGUCAAAUAUCACUCUCAAAAUCCACUUAUUCCAGGUUUAGCUGGGCGUCCAGGCACCUCAGUUCACUGGUUAAGAACACAGUUUCCUUCUUUAGAUAUAGAAGUGGAUGGUGGAGUAGGACCUGAUACAAUCCACAAAUGUGCAGAGGCAGGUGCCAACAUGAUAGUGUCUGGAAGUGCAAUUAUGAAAAGUGAUGAUCCCCGUUCAGUUAUAAACCAGUUGAGAAAUGUGUGUAUAGAAGCCUUUCAGAAACGAUCUCUGGACCGAUGAACAGGAUGACAUGAUUGGAAGUGCCAUGCACUGAUCAUGGACUCUUUUAAUAGUUUUAGUUAUUUUUUUAAUGAUGCUGUGGAGAAAGCAGAAAAUGAUUCCUGUUUUUCAAGACAUCUCAUCUGCUGUAGGGGAAACACCUUUGACUGAAUGGACAUUUAUAAGGUUGUUACGCUGUAUAUCUGCUUACACAGAUGCACUUCUUAGUUUUUAAAAUAAACAUUCCUGCCAUUUUAAUUUGCAUGUAGCAGUAUUUUUAUCUUUAUAUUUUCUGCAUUAUUUGUAGUUACAGAACAAAUGAUCUUAAACAACAGCUGGGGAAGAGUAUAUCUUUUAUACAUACACAUGCAUUUUUGUAUCUGUACAUACCUGUGGUCCGUGUGCGUGUAUGAAUAUGAUGUGGGAAUCCCCACAUAUUCCAUUUGUCCUGCUUGUUACCAUAUUGGAGGUGGGAUUUUAUUUUUUUUUUCCUUGUGGGACAAAACAGCACAUACAAAAAUGGGAAAUUUGAUGUUUUAUUAUUUCUCUAUUUACAGAAAAGUAUGGUUGAUAUUGUAUAAAAUAGUACUCGUUUUGUAGGCAUUUGAAUGAUGAACAUCUCCAGUACUGGCAGUAUCCUACCAUCAUGUUUGUUAUUCACGUUAGUUUGCAAAGAGAUGUGAAGUUAUGGUUUAUGUUUCUUGCUACUCCUUAAGAAAAAAAAUUGAAUUCUUGUAUUCAUGAAAGUACAAAUUUACAUGCUGAACAAGUUUUACACUUGCAAUACAUCUGUCUUGUGUAAAGUUA